AUGGGGGGAAAUCAGGCAGUACAAUCGGCCAAGAAGGAUCAUGUUCCCAUACAGCAACACAAUUACCGGAAAGAUAACGGUAGAAAGGAGGGCCAUCAGCAGAGAGGAGGAUAUCCGAACAGACAACAGCCGGUAGGGGCUUACCAGGUGUACACUCCCCUGAACACCGCCAGGGCCACGAUCUACGCAGUAAAUAAAUCGGCAGCGUGGAGAAAACCGUUACCGAUGGAUGCCCCAGGUAACAAUAAGAACUUUUGUGCUUUUCAUAAUGAUCAUGGUCAUUACACGGAGCAUUGCAAAGAGCUCAAGGAUAACAUCGAAGAGCUGGUAAGAAGGGGAUACCUAUCCCAGUACAGGGUUCGACAGGAAGGCCAGGGAGGAAAUAACAGGCAGGGCAGUUCACAUAGUCAUGCCCCAUAUACACCUACUCAGCCAGGGUAUGCACAGCCCACUGGUAGGAUUGAACAGGCACCACCAUCCCGGCAAGAAAUCCGGUCAUUACCGGAAACAGGCAAAGAUGGGGCCGACAGGGGAAAGAGACCCACGGUUUGGGUGAUCUCUGGAGGGCCCGUGCAUGGAGGUACAGUCAGCGGGGCAAUAAGAAAUCUAGAGGAGCACAUGCAUUUGGUGAGUUACCAUAGCGCAAGGAAAUGGCCGGAACCAAUCCCCCUACCGGUCAUCACGUUCACCUCGGACGAUUGUCGCGGCAUUAUAUAUCCCCAUGAUGACCCGCUGGUAUUGGAACUCGAGAUAGCAAACUUCCCCGUCAAGAGAUGCCUGAUUGAUGGAGGCAGCUCUGCGAACAUCAUAUUCUGGGAAGCUUUCACCCAGCUGAACAUAGAUCACGGAGAGUUAACAAGGGUGAGCUAUCCCGUUAUCGGUUUCUCUGGAGCCAGCGUCUAUCCAGAAGGCAGUAUCCGUCUACCGGUUCAAGUAGGUAGAGGAUCAUCAGCCAGGGACUUAAUGGUCGACUUUUUGGUGAUAAAAGUACCAGCAGCGUAUAACGUAAUAAUUGGUCGACCAUUCAUUCAUGACGCACAGGCGGUGGUGUCCACAUAUCAUUUGACCAUGAUAUAUCUCUCAAAUCUGGAAAGAACAGAAAGGGUACAUGGGAGUCAGGAGACUGCCUGA